CAAUAUAAAUUGAAGAGCUAAAAAUAAAAUAACUCAAACAUACAUAUCUACAAUUAAUAAUUCACCUUGAGAACGCAUUGCGGCAUUUAUUUAAAACCGCACAAGUGCAAAAAAAAAACAGCAACAAUUACAACAACAACACCACCACCCGCUGUGCAACUAAAUACGAACAUUUCACGGUUCACUCGCGCCGAUUUCUCGUCACUUUGCCUUUAUUCGUUUAUGUGAAUGUUCGGACUUUGGUGUUGAAUGCUCAAAGCACGCACACACACACACACACGCGUACACGCACACAGGCACGCACGCACUUCGCUUAACGUAUACGCAACGGUGAACGGGUAAUUUGUGAGAAAUUGUGAGACACGCACUGUGUGCCAGAGUUGCCAGACAAAAGGUAGAUAAUAACAAAAGAGUAGAGAAGAAUGAAAGCAAUAAAAUAAACAGAGCAAAAAGCCAAUAAAAAUACAAUAAAAAUACACAAUAAAGUGAAUAAAAGGGAGAAGACGAACAACAACAACAGCAGCAAUACAACAACCAAAUAGUGAAAGCGAUUUUCAGUGUGCUCGUACAUACAUACUUACAUACAUAUGUGUGUGUGUUUUUAAUACAACAAACAAGUGUUAAAACAACAACAAUAAAAACAACAACAAGAAUAAAGGAAAUCGCAUAUAAUACAAGGCAUUCAAGCAUAAAUUGAAAGCGAAAACACCAGCAAAAAAAAUAUCAAACAAAAAACAACAACAAUAGCUGACUGCAAAUCAUCAUUAUCGUCAUCAUCACGCCAGCACUUACACGCUUCGUCUGCAAAAAACAAUAAAAUACACAUUGUAAAUGCACAAAACCAUGCAUACAACUAUUAACAAACAAACAAAAAAAUAAAACAAAAAAAAAAAACAAUAACAAUAACAGCAACAAUUAAAGGCCGUAAAUAAAGCGUCAAAAGCAAUUUGCUAAAACUAACGGGGGAAACAGCGUAACGCGCCAAAUUCAAAAUAUAAAAUAAAAAUAAAAAAAAUUACAUACAUAUAUACAUAUAUACAAUGUGAAAUUGCCAAAGUGUGCAUACAUAAUAUUAAUACAGCAUAAACAUUUAAAUUAUUAAAAAAAAAAAUACUAAAAUAAAAAAAAUCACACGCAUACAUACAUUCAUAUAAGCGCCGCGCGUGUCACACGACACCAAACAACAACAGCAACAACAACACAAUGGAACGCAAACAUAUUGGCGCUUUGGCGUUGGUUUUGUUUGUUUUGUUAUUCAAAGUGAAUAUUUUCACCGUGAUUGCCGAUCAGGAUGAGGAUAUACCACAUAAUGAAGUGCGCAAUUGGGCGCUUAAAUUCGGCGUGGAUCUUUGGGAGUUCGGGCGACAAUUUACUAAAAUGAAUGAAAUCAAAAAUCGCUUUAAGGACAAUGACAUCGAAGUGAAGCGUAAGGAUGGCAUCAUAUUGCUGCGCGAAUUGGCAGCGGAGGUGAAGAACUUUAUGGAUUUCAAACGCAAUGCCGUGAUGCGCAUUAUGGACUCAGCCGAACAGGCCGCUCUCUCUGAGUUGGACUCACAAAAUUCUCAUAGCACUUCGGCAACAACAAAUAACCAACAUUACGACGCGCGACGCAUAAACGAAUACAAUUCGGAUGGCAAACUGGCGGACGGUGCACGACACAUGGAUAUACGUUUUAUGCGUCGCUUCGAACGUUUGCCUGUAAAUUUGAGUCUUAGCUCGAUUUUAGUACCGAAUGGCAUCUCACUUGACGAGGCGGAUGUGAAGUCAGCGCUGCAAUGGAGUGUGCACUUGGAUCCACUCUUUCAAAAUAAUCUCGAACGGGAUCCGGCUUUGUCAUGGCAGUAUUUCGGCUCAUCAACUGGUUUCUUGCGACGUUUCCCCGGCACCGCCUGGCCGCCGGAGGGCUCGAAAGGUAGCAAGCAAAUACAUGAUUUUCGUGCACAGAAUUGGUUCGUACAAGCCGCAUCGUCGCCAAAGGAUAUUAUGAUCUUACUCGAUUCUUCAUCAAGCAUGUCGGACAAGUCUUUCGAGCUUGCCAUGGCUACAGCUUUUAACAUACUCGACACAUUGGGUGAGAAUGAUUUUGUAAACUUGAUUACAUUUGCGGAAGAUGUCAAAACCCCGGUGCCCUGCUUCAAGGAUCGCAUAGUACGCGCCACGCCUGACAAUGUUCAGGAAAUCAAGUCGGCAGUUAAGGCUAUUAAGCUUCAGGAUACAGCCAAUUUUACCGCGGGCCUGGAGUACGCCUUCAGCUUGCUACAUAAGUACAACCAAUCCGGCGAGGGCAGUCAGUGUAAUCAAGCCAUUAUGCUGAUCACCGAAAGCACCUCUGAGACGCAUAGCGAUAUUAUCAAGCAAUACAAUUGGCCACAUAUGCCAGUGAGAAUUUUCACCUACCUUAUCGGCUCCGAUUCGAGUAGUCGCAGUAAUUUGCACGAAAUGGCUUGCUCCAAUAAAGGUUUCUUUGUGCAAAUCAAUGAUAUGGAUGAUGCAAAGAAGAAAGUUAUUGAUUAUGCUCUUGUUAUGGCCCGACCCAUGAUUAUGUAUCAAGCCGAUCAUCCUGUACAUUGGAGUCCCGUUUUUGUUGCCGGCAAGACUGGCGGUUUGGCACGCGACUCUGACUAUCAGCGUAGACUUGUGACGACAGUUUCAACUCCGGUCUUCGAUAGACGAAAUCAUUCGGUGCGUGUGGCAAAUUUACUCGGUGUUGUCGGCACCGAUGUGCCCAUCGAGGAGAUACGAAAAAUGAUACCGCAACAUAAAUUGGGACCGAAUGGAUAUUCGUUUAUCGUUGAUAAUAAUGGGCGUGUACUGUAUCAUCCAGAUUUGCGUCCAUUGAGUGAUGGUAAUCAAUAUAUUGAUCAGUUGCGGCCGCGGUACACGUCGGUCGACUUAACGGAGUUGGAACUGCCGGAAACUGAAGUGGGCAAUGAGCAUGAGAUUGUCGAAAUGAAUAAGAAUCUAUUGUAUGAUAUGCGCAAUGACAUGCUCAUGCCCAAGGAAGGCGAAACCGAGUUUACGGUCUUCAAUCACUUUGAUGAUAUGAAACGAGUUACAGCGCGUACACAAAGGUAUUUCUAUGGACCUAUUGAAGAUACGCCCUUCACCUUAGCUGUUGUACUCCCUGAAAAAUAUGGCAGCCAUGAAUUAGUCUCUCAACAGGAAAUAAGACACUCGCGUAGAAAUGUUACCGAGUUCUUCAAAGGAGACAAUUGGCGCGUAAAUCCCGAUUGGGUAUAUUGUGAGUACAACAGUGUGAGUGAUUUAGAAAAAGAGCGUGAAAGCUCUGGCGAAUAUUUAUCUGCCUCACGUGAACAAGAAUUGAGUUUCGGUUCACCCGAAGAGCAAGUAUUGCAUUUCUUGGGACGUGCUGGUCGGCCAGGCUGGAAGUGGAUGUCGGUGCGCCCGAAAUCACCGCAACCACACCACGCCAUGCAUGGCGCGACACCUGUUGCCCAUUUCGCCCAACAUUUGAAUAACGUACAAGGAUCUCGCAAAGCUGAGCCAUAUUUUUGCGAUCGAACCUUAGUACAGAGCUUAGUACGAGAUGCAAUGGUAACAGAUGGUUUGGAUCGAAAUUCAACUGGGCCUUCAAAUGGAAAGGAGGAUAAACAUCCCAUAGCCACAUUAAUGGCGAUUCUAAAGAGGCAAGGUUAUCAAAAAUUUCUGGUCGCCACCUCCUUUGUUGCUACACGCUCGGGCCUGCUGCGUUGGAUUGACCAUAUCAAGAGGCCGGAAGACUCACCCGAACCUCACUUCAGCGAAGAUAACGCUCGUGCCAUGGACAUGCCUUGGUACAAACGUGCUGUCGAUCAACAUACCGUAGAGCAGGACAGUUUUGUCUAUAGUGUACCCUUUGCCACCGGCUUUGCACCCAAACUCAAUACAACACUUGUGACCGCUUCGCAUGCCAUUUUCGUCGAACAUCGUGGCCACAAAGCCAUAGCCGCUGUUGUGGGACUACAAUUUCAGUUGGACUCUUUAGCGAAGCAUUUCAUAAACAUAACCUCAACUUGCACCGGCAUGACAGGCUGUCGUCGUACAUGCGCCUCAGACGAUCUUGAUUGUUAUGUAUUGGACAAUAACGGUUUUGUCAUCAUCUCCGAGCAGAGUGAACAGUCUGGUAAAUUUUUCGGUCAAAUCGAUGGCACCAUAAUGGAUUCUUUGGUGCAGGAUCGUAUUUAUAAACGUGUCACUGUGAAUGAUUAUCAAGGCGUUUGCUCCGAUUCGGAUAAUCCCUAUACGGCUGCAAGCACUUCGCUACAACCACAUCGCAUCUCUGCGUGGUUAAUGAAACAUUUUGUAACUUUGGGUGCAACUUGGUUGGCUAUGUUGCCGACACCAUUGCGCGCUUGGCCACAGGAUGAUUACACUUAUAAUGAAGAUGUUUUUGAGGAGCCGACAUACACAGACGAAUAUGAACCGUUCGAGGAUUACAAUGCACAGAUUGAUGAGGAAAUGGACGAAUUCUUCACCACCGCCGAUGUGGAAAAUACAACACCACCACCCAAGCAACAUAAACCGCACACCGGACCACGCGCCUCACCAGAUCCGCAACACGCGCGUCGCUGCGACCUACGCACCGAUCUUUAUAUGCUACAGCCAGAACGUCUCAAUCAAGGCGGCCAAAAUAAUCCAUUGAAGGGCAAGUUGACGAAUUGUCAUGUGUCGGGAUGUGAGCGGCCCUUCAGCGUACAGAAAAUACCGCACAGUAAUCUCAUAUUGUUAGUAGUUGACACGCUUUGCCCUUGCGGCUCCAAGCAGUUGGAUAUAGAACCACUAGAAGAGUCGGGCACUAUUGGUGCCUGCAGUGCGCGUCGCCAAACGCAGGAGAGCGCCAAGCGUCGCCGACCUAAAAAAUGCAUCAAUUAUCAUCCUGAAGAGAUUGAAAUACAACAAUGUGGGCGUGCCACAGCACUACUACAAAUGCCGCUCUCAAUUGUUAUGGCGCAUUUGCUUAUGUUGGCGGUGACCUUCGCGCUGACAAAUGCGUGAUACUAAGUGCAGUUUACGGUAAUGGCAAAGCACUAGAAAAAAAGUUACAGGUUAUAAAGAAAAAAAUAAAUAAAAAAUAGUAAAGAGCGACAAAAAUGCUGGCGCAGUGAGCAGUGGAGAAAAAUGAACUAACUUGAAAAGUAAAAAAAAAAA